AUGAAGACUUUCAUCAGGUACUUCUACCCUUCAUCAGCACCGGUGCCCCAUGACCAGCCUACCGACCGGUGCCCCAUGGCCACUCGGAGCGGCAGCCUGGGCCGGGCGCGUUCGGAGGCGGCGAAGCUUCCGGCGGUGUCGCGCAGGGUGGGCAGUUCCCCACCGGAGAGGAAGGCCCCAAGCAGUCAAAGCACUGACAGAUCUUCCAAGUUGCCUUCCAUCGCUCUGGGCCCCGGUGUUCCCAGCGGUUACCGCGCCGACAUGGAGGCGCGGCCCAAGCGCACCCCGCCCACGGGAACCCGCGGGAAGCCGCCGGCCGGCCGCACCCCAGCAGUUUCCAGCGCCGCGGCAUCGGCGCCCGCGGCGGGAGAUGCGGUGGAUUUGAAGAACUACGUCAGUGAUGAACUGCGCAAAGUCCUGGAGGAAGAAGAGGUCUCCUACAACUGGCGCCGGAGGCCCAAGCCGGUGGAACAAGCUCCAGCGGCAUCUGGAUCCUCCCAGGGGAGACAAAACCAUGGCGAGGUCAACAACUCCAAAUCGUCGCCGCCAAGUCGAGCUGCCCCAGCCCCAGCUGCGUAUGCUGCGUCGGCCCCAGCUGCGCCACCGGCUGCGCGGGGCGCGGGCUAUGCAGGUGGCGUCGUGGCCUCGCUUCAGCCAUGCUUCUGUUCGAAGUUGGAACCCUCCCAGUUGACUCCCAAAAUCCGCCUGGUCUCCUAUGAUGGUGGCAUAGCAAUGCUCAUGGCUGGUCCUUUGUGUAGCUCGUCCACAAAGACGGCUCCACCUCCACGAUGGUUUUUGCGCUGGAUCCAAGGUCGCAGUUCCAGCAAAGUCUUCAGCCUGGCGGCAGAGGAUUGGCUCCGAGCUGAGUUGGGCUCCAUGGAACCGUCUCCAGGUGCGUCCCGCGACGUGCUCGCCGGGCUCGUGCCUCCCAAAGCGUUGCUCGCCGGGCUCUUGGGCGAUCCAUCGCUGAACGCGGCCGGCGCGGUGAACGGCGCGGGGCUGGUGGAGCAGUUCGGCUCGCCCAACGCUGCGUGCUGCAAGGCACUGCACGAAGUGAUGGCAGCCACUGAUCCGUUGGAAACGAUGGAACUAUUGACCUCCCAGGUAGAAGUGGCCCUGGGUCGCCUUGAACCACCCCGCGGCUGUGCUCCUGCGGAGCUGCUGCAGGCGGCGCUGCGACGGGAACUGCUGCGCUGCCUGUGGUGCGCCGGGUCCUUCGAAGGUCAUCCAGGUCCCGGUGUCUUCGACGAUGCCUGGCUGCUGCGACAGCUGCCGCGGUCUCCGGAGGCGCUGCUGGAGGAAGCUGCCGAGGAGGAGAUGCUGCGGCGGGAGAACGAGUUCCUGGAUCGAUAUCUGGUGAGGCUCAUGAAGCUGAAACGCAGUUUGAGCUUCCUCUUGGAGACCUGGCAGAAGGUGGAUCACUAUCAGAUUCUGGGCGUCAGCAGCUCCGCGAGUGAUAAGGAGCUACGGAAUGCCUAUCGCAAGGCUUGCCUCAGGUUGCAUCCUGAUAAAGGUGGUGACAAGCAACAGUUCCAACAGCUGCAGGAUUCCUACGCGCGGAUCUUGGAAGAACGACAGCGCCAAGCCGCCCCGCCAGAGCGGCCGCCCUCCAUGCCGGGCCGGCCGCGGGGCUCACAAGGUCCGUCGCUGUCCAUUGAGGCUGAGACGUCACCGCCUGACCCACGCUGGUCCUCCGAAACGGCGGAAGUUUCGCAGUGCAUCACGAGCUUCCAGCGGCGAGCGGAGG